AUGCUGUCACUGAAGCGAGGCCUCCUGAUGCUGCUGACUCUCUGGGCCUUGACAUCGAGUACGGCGCAAGAUGUGGACUACCUCGCGACGGUCCAGAUGGGAACCCCUCCUCGAAAUCUCUUGCUCUUGAUGGAUUCUGGCUCAGCUGAUCUUUGGGUUGGCGGAGAGCAAUGCCGGUCUCAGGCUGGCGGUGGAUGCGGAAACCACCAGUUCCUCGGACCCCAGUCCAGUAGCUCAUUUGCCGACACUGGCGAUACCUUCCAAGUUACCUAUGGGACUGGUCAGGUUACGGGCAAUGUCAUCACCGAUAAUAUGAGCAUCGCGAACCUCACUCUGCCCGGGCACACGUUUGGAGUUGCGACUCAGGAGAGUGUGGACUUCUCGUCGAACCAAACUCCCUUCGACGGUUUGAUGGGUCUUGCUAAAUCUGACCUCUCUGAGCAGGAGACAGCUACGCCGGUCGAAUCACUCGCUAAAGCAGGUCUUAUUCCCGAAGCGAUCACGUCCUACAAGAUUUCUCGCCUUUCCGACAAUAAUGACGACGGAGAAAUCACCUUUGGUGCCCUUGAUCCUGCCAAAUUCGACCCACAGGUGCAAGUAACAGUUCCGAAUGUGAACCCUGAUGGGUUCUGGGAGGUCAACCUUGAUGCAGUCACCAUCAACGGUCAGGACACCAGAUUGAGUGGACGAACAGCCAUCCUCGACACAGGAACCACUCUUUUCGUUGUCCCUUCCGCCGACGCUCAGACCCUACACGCUGGCAUCCGAGGUGCUAAAUCUGACGGGCAAGGCGGCUUCACUGCUCCUUGCGACACGAAAGAUGUGGUGGCUUUGACGAUUGGUGGUCAGAAUUUCCCCAUCAACCCUGUAGACGUUGCAUUCACUCCUGUAAACGCUGCUGAUCCUAAUGGCGACUGUGUUUCUGGUAUUGCGUCAGGAGAGGUCGGCGGUGCUGACGAAUGGCUUUUCCUAACCAUACCAAUUAGCCGUCCUGACCCUCCAGGUGGUCGUUACCACUCCUCACAUGGGUCCAUCGUCCAACAACAACACAUCAACCGUGGAGUGAGACGACUUGCUAUGAUGACUGGCGUAGCGCCUCCAUCAAAGCGCGUCUUUCGAUCCGCUAUGCAAGCUCGCUUGUCUCUGCUGGCGAAAGAGGUUCAACCUGCCUAUGAACUUGACCAAGCCUCUGAGCUAUGCCACGCAAAUUGCACUGCGACGCAGACCGCCUCUACCGCCUCAGCGCCGGCACCUUCCGUUCCUUACGCAACCCAGACGCCUGCGGUAACGUCGCAUAGCAUUGGCCUUGACAUCGAAUCGAUUGACAUAGGAUAUAUGGGGACCGUGAAAAUAGGCACCCCUCCAGUGGACUUCCGUCUCUUGGUAGAUUCUGGUUCUGCGGACAUGUGGGUUGGUGGAGAAGGUUGCCAGAGUAAUGAUGGAGGAAGUUGCGGAGAUCAUACUUUCUUGGGUUCUAACUCUAGCAGGUCGUUCAACGCCUCCAAUGACGAGUGGGCAAUAGGUUACAUCUCUGGCCUUGUGUCCGGCGUUCUCGUUCAGGACGAAGUCUCAAUUGCUGGGCUGGAAUUGAAGGGUCACAAGUUUGGUAUCGCUCUCAAUGAAAGCAGUGAUUUUACUCUCGUACCUUUCGAUGGCAUUUUGGGAUUUGCAAAGCACACCAUCUCUCUCCAACGAACCCCAACUCUAUUGCAAUCUCUCGUCCAAGCAAACCUCAUACCAGCCCCAAUCGCUUCAUACAAAAUCCCCCGCCUAGCAGAUGGGAAGAACGACGGCGAGCUCACGCUAGGCGGCAUGGACCCACAUAAAUAUAAGUCGAAGACCCUCGUCAAGCGCAAGAACGUCAACAAGUUCGGGUUCUGGGGUGUGGCUGUCGACGCCGUCAAAGUGGGCAAGAAGGACAUGCAUUGGUCCAACAGGACGAUCGUACUCGAUACUGGAACGACGCUGAUCAUUGCUCCUGAAGCGGACGUCGAGGCCAUCCACCAAGCUAUUCCUGGCGCCCGAUAUGACGGAGGCGGUUGGACGGUCCCAUGCAACUUGACGACCUCGUUGUCAUUUAGGAUAGGUGGCCAGUCGUUCCCUAUUGAUCCUCGAGACAUCGCGUUCUAUCCCAUAGACGAAGAUUCGACGGAGUGCAUGUCGGGCAUCGCUGUGGGCGGAGUCGGUCCGUUUUAUCUGGACAACGAAUGGCUGGUCGGCGACGUCUUCCUCAAGAACAUAUAUCUGAGUACCGAUGAAAGUAAAGACGAGGUUUCGAUUGCUCGACUCAGGUCUGAAUCUUGA